AUGGCCAUCGAAAACACAUACUGGAAAAACGUCCUCACAGUCGUCCCCAUCGUGGGUGCGGCCAUCGCGACCCUGACUUAUAUUCUCCGGCUGGUAUCCUGUCGCAUCUCCACAGUAGGGCUGAGGUUGGAGGAUUUCUUAAUGGGGAUCGGCUUGAUUCUUUCUUACUGCGCCACUGCCUUUGUUGUAUAUAGGCUCAUGGAUGAUUCAGAAAUUCUGGGCGCCGUCUAUGGCGUUCGUCAAGAUCUCAAUCAUUGUUUUCCUCCAACGCAUCCUCGGCACGGUUCCUGCUUUUCGUAUCUUCUCCAAUUGCCUCAUCGUCUUCAUCGCUCUUGCAAUCCGGUCCAAUUCUACUACGACAAAACAUUGCAAGGAGGUCAUUGUAUGCACGGACAGACCAAAUUCUUUCAAGCCAUGGGAAGCAUCGCCCUAGUGGAGGACGUGACGAUUUUACUUAUGCCAGUACCGAUCAUCUGGCGACUCAAGAUCACCCUGCGCCAAAAGAUCGCAGUGACCAUUGUAUUUUCGCUGGGAGGCCUGGUCUGUAUUUUCAGUCUGAUGCGGCUUAUUGAAUUCCGCAACUUUGUUGUCACGGACCUUGCUUCAUCCAGUGCCAAAGAGUCGAUCUGGACGGUGCUCGAACUCGAUGUCGCCAUUAUCUGCGGUUGUCUCCCUCUCCUCAAACCCCUCCUGGCCGGAUUUCUCGGCACCGUCAAGAGCAUCUCGAAAGGCCAGUCUAAUUCGGGCACAAAAUUAUAUUUCCACACAAGCGGUACGCACAAUCACGAUGGAUUCCACAAGAUCAGCGACCCACACGGGGGGACGGCCAGCCAGAGCCGGGAAGUGACAACGCAGUCUAGCCGUCGCGGGAGCUCGGAGAUUGAGCUGCAGGGAAUCGAGGUACACACAGCGAUUGAGAGUCGGUCAGAUGUUGCAAAUAACCCUCAUGUGGUGGAGGAAAGGACGUGGCCAAUACCAUGA